UGUUUAGGAUAUUUUAAAACGGGUAAACAAAACACUUGGCUGAAUCAGUCAGACACGUAUCUGCAGACUUCAGUCAAAAAAAUCUAAGCAAAGAUACAAACACAUCAACUAUGUCAGACUUUUUCAUCCCAAACAGCUCUUCUGUGGACAUCACCUGUGUCGAUCAAUUUUCUGUCCCUUUGGUUGUUUUUGUAAGUAAACAAAUGCGUGUGGUAUGUGGCAGCUGUUCGCAAAUUAUACCAACAAAUUUGCACAUUACCCAUCUUCCUGCCCUCCAGCUGCUCGCUCCUGAGGGUGUCGCCACAGUGAGAGGACUCAAAAUGAAGGAUAACCUUUAACUAUAUCAACAGUAACAAAUAACAUGUAACCUACAUUUCUAUUGUAGCUACUAAAAUGUGUGUGAUGUGAGUUAUUGUGUUGCAGGUUGAGGUGUUAUGAACAACUAUGAGGUUGUGCGACAGAUUGGAGAGGGUGCAUUUGGGAGAGCCUUACUGGUCCUGGACAAGAGGGGUGGAGGCAGGCAGUGUGUGGUGAAGCAGAUCAGCCUCAGGAAGAUGUCUGUGAAAGAAAAAGAAGCUUCAGGGAAAGAAGUGACACUUUUGUCCAAGAUGAAUCACCCAAACAUUGUUUCCUUCAUCACAUCAUUCCAGGAGAGGGGCAGCUUGUUUAUAGUGAUGGAGUUCUGUGAUGGAGGAGAUCUGCUGAAGAAGAUCAGCAUGCAGAGAGGAGUUCCCUUUUCUGAGGACCAGAUUGUGGACUGGUUCAUUCAGAUCUGCAUGGGCCUCAAACACAUCCAUGACAGGAAGAUUCUCCACAGAGACAUCAAGGCUCAGAAUAUCUUCUUAACCAGUGGAGGGAUGAAAGCAAAGUUGGGAGACUUUGGAAUCGCAAGAAUGUUGAAUAACACCAUGGAGCUGGUCUGGACCUGUGUCGGGACUCCGUACUACCUCUCACCAGAGAUCUGCGAGAGUCGACCCUACAACAACAAGACUUUGAGGGCAGCAGCCUGAGGCAACUGGUCAGUAAGAUCUGCAGGGGGCGCUACACACCUGUACCUGUCCGCUACUCCCAAGACCUGCGCCAGCUUGUCACUCAGCUCUUCAAGGUGACGCCGGCAGAGUUUAACCACGUGUUACCACUUGACAAAAGAGCAGCAGCAGCAACACAAGCUGCUAAAACCCAAAGUGGAGCAGCUGAGAAGGAGCAGAAUGUCAGAGGAACAGAGAGACAUGGAGGAGCUGACAACAAACUGUCUGCUGAGCGAGACCAGAGGAUCAUAAAGAACGCAGCUCCUCGUCAUCAAAGAGCAGCUCAGCUAGCUGCUGACAGAAGGUUUGCAAGGAACCAGAGGAUCAGUGAGCCUGUCAGCCAUUAUCAUCACUACCACGCUCAGCUGGAUGCCUUUCAGAGGAGGAAACAAGUCCUUCCUCUUCCUCCUGCUGCUCCUCAUGAGAACAUGAAGGAUGUGAUGCUGGGAUGUGAAGACCAGGCAGGUCCUCCAGUAGAACCAUAUCAGCUUGUGGCUGCAGCUCGUAAUGAGUACCUGCAGAGGAGGCAGGAGGCCAGCCAGUACAAGCUGAGAGCAGAGAAACAGCUGGGUCUGCGUCCGUGUACAGCAGAAUCCAACAGGAAGUCCGGUGGUCCAGAGCAGGUGGUGAGUCGGCCUGAAAACCAACAGGCUCCUCAGGACAGGAAGCAGGAGGGUCAGCAGGAGUAUCUGCGCCAGCUACAUCUGAUCAGACACCAGUACCACCAGGAGAUGAGACAGUGGAGGCAGAGAGCUGAACCACAGACUGAGCCUCAGAACACGCAGAGAACCUUUGUGGUGGAGAAACCUUCAAACAGUAAAGAUGAGCAGGAAGCACCUGUUCAGGACGUUGAAGCAGCUCUGAGGCAGAACAGAGAUCAGAGGAGAGAUCUGCAGAAGAAACAAAAAGAGAAAAAAGGAAUCACAUUUGAAAUCCAGCUAGAUGAGGAAGGAGCAACAGGAGCUGGAGAUGAAAGAAAAGAAGAAGAAAAGGAAGUGGACCCAUUGAACCAGACGCUAAGUUACAAGGAAGGGGAAAAGCUGAAGCUCGGGGAUUGGUCAAAGGAGAGAAGGGGGUGGAGCCGAAGGACCCCUCAGACUCUGCUGGACGCGCUCGCCAACAUGGACGUCAGCUCUGUUACCAGCACAGCAACUGUGCCUGGUAAAGUGGAAUAUGUAGCAGGUCGCAGGCAGUGGGUCAGUGGACCCCCCAACACCCUGCUGAAGGUUCUGGCUCAGGCUGAACUCAUCUCACCGACCCCGGACCCUCAGAGCCCAGAUUUAGACCCAGAGAAGGACGAAACUGAGAAAGAAGACAAGGCUGAGGAGGAGGACAAGACUGAGGAAGACAAGGCUGAGGAGGAGGAUAAGACUGAGGAAGACAAGGCUGAGGAGGAUGACAAGGAUGAAGACUCUGAUGUGGAAAUGGAUGAAGAGCGUCUGGAGCCGAGGUCUGAUGACGACGACACGAACUUUGAGGAGUCGGAGGACGAGCUGAGAGAGGCGGUGGCGGACUCCAUGAGGAACCUGUUCGUCGUGGAGGACUCCAGCUCAGAUGAAAACCCUCAGGAGACCACAGAGCAGAGGAGCAGUGAAGCCUGCAGACCAUCAGGUCCAACCACAGGCCAAGAACUGCCAUCAGGUCUGACUAAACCUGAAGAACCUUCUGAUGGCCCCUGAGGCUCCAGGUUUGUCCAAAACAGACAGGAACUGCAGACCAGCUGAAGCCUGAAACCCUUCCGGCCCCCUCAAGAGUCUGAGUCAUCAUCUGACCUGCCACUAUUUAAGCAUUUAUUAGAAUUAUUAUAAUAAUAUGCUUCUUUCAGCAAACAGCUGUUUCUUUCUACAUCUGCUGGAGGUCAGGUCCACAUUCAGUCCAGUUCACUUAAAUCAGACCCGAACUGACAUUUAAAGUAGUUUUUAACAUGACAAAAUACUAUUUUAUUUCAAAACAGUUUUCUUCUUUCAUCUUAUUUCAGAGUUAAAUAACAAAUAUAAUAACAAAUGGUCAGCUGGUCUCUUAAUAAAUAUUUGGAACAAUUUUUUUUUCCA